CGGCAGCUCCCGAGGAGACAUGCAGUCUGAUGUUCAGGUUGUUUGACCGCAGUCAGUCCGGUGAAGUUUCAGCUCGCUCUCUUCAAACCGCUCUGAUCGCUCUGUCCUCAGAUAACCUGCUGCCGAAGUACAGAGGUCUGCUGCAGGUCUCGACAACCCCUUCAGGAUCCAUCAGCAGGUCUGGACUCAGGUGUUUGCUGCAGGACCUCAUCCAGGUAAAAAGCUCACACUACAUUUCCCAGCAUGCCUCUGCUUCUGCUCUCUGUAACGUGUGUUUUCAGGUUCCUGCGGCAGUUCAGGAGGAAGUCGUGUUUGACGAUUUGGAGGCAGCGGUUCAGUCGUGUUUUAAAGGGGUGAGAACACAAACGCACACCUGGCUGUGAUUGGCCAUCGUCAUGGUAACAUGUUAUGUGUGUUUAUAGGUGUUGACCCCAACGGUGAGCGAGCAUCAUCUGUUGUCAUGGCUGCAGAGUGAGCCAUGUCCUUUGCUAUGGUUAUCCACUCUGUACCGGCUGUCAGCCAGUCACAGCGUCCAGCACAACGUCCGCUGUCACAUCUGUAAGACCCGCCCCUUCACUGGGCUCAGGUAUCGAUGUAUGAAGUGUGUGAACGUCCAUGUGUGUCAGAGCUGCUUCCUGACUGACCGUCAGACCAGGAAACACAAAACCCACCAUCCAGUGCUCGAGUUCUGCAAGCAGCCCACCUGGAGAGAGUCUCUAACCUCGUUCGUGCGCAGUGCUCAUCACACCCUGCUGCCACUGCGAUACACUCAGAGAGAAGCUAAUAGGAAGAGGGUCCUAUUGUGGGAGGAGCCAAGCGAGACUGAGAACAGAGCACCACCCCCUUCUGAUGCCUCAACACAAUUGGCUGGCUCAGCUCACAGCCCUUCCUCUGACAGGCCUGUUUCACAUGACGCCUCAGAGGCUCCUCCUCCUCGCUGCUCUUCUUCAUGUAAAUCUCUGCAGACGGAUGAUGACACAUCCAGUCAGCAGGCAGCGGCGUUGCUGACAGACGUGAAGAACCUACAGAGGGACCGAUGGCUGUUGGAGCAGGAGCUGCAGGCGUUUCGGUUCACUGUCCAAUCCGAGCAGGUCGUCCUGGAGGAAAGGUGCUCUGAGAUGGAAGUUACGGUGGAAACAUUGAGGCGGCACAAUGCCCAACUGCAGGGCAUGCUUACACAGGCUCUGAACAAGAUGGAGGCUCAACAACACGCCAACAACAUGCCAAACAGUGCCAACACGGAGAACACGGAAAGAGGAACAUUCACACCAGCUUCUGAAACUCUGAAAAACACAGAAGAAGAAACAGAGGAAGAGGAGAUAGAGGAUGAGUGGAGCCAGGAAGAACUUCAAACUCAAACAAACAUCCGACAAGGCUCACCUCCUUCACGUGAUGGAGACUAUGAGGAGGAAUCUGCAGGUCACAUGUCUCCACAUCAUCCAGUGGAGCUACAGCAUGGCCCUGAGGAGGCGGAGCUACAAGGAGAACGAACCAGUCUGUCUGAAGAAGAGGAGGAACAUGGGCUAUGUAGUUCAGAGACGCUGCUGCAGGGGACUUUAGAAGGACUGAAGGCUGCGCUGGAGACACACAAGUGGACUCAGACAGGUGAGAGGACGAGGGCGGAGCUACUGCAGGCUGCAGAGCAGGUGGGAGACUCGAUGCUCCACCUGGUCGACGCUAUGGAAACAAACUGACCAGCUGAUUCGUCCAGCUUAGAAAACUUUAUUUAAACAUUAAAUAAAU